UCUGCUAAACUUGAUCAAGGGGUAUUUCAAGCGACAGCGAGCUGCCGGGCUUACAUUUGCUGCGGUGGGAACAAGUUGCAGGAUGAAAUCCAGGGAUUAAAGGACCUAUUCUCCACUUCGUUGUUUGCAGGGGAAUCUACUGAAAUGACUUUGAGGAUCUUAAAGCUGGAACUAUGUGGAGGGAGAAUGCAGGUUCAAAGCUGGCAAAGAUGAGGAAAAUUGGCUGUGCUCUCCUCGUACUGCAAGCUCUUCUGGCACCUUUGGAUCUUGUUCAUGGAGCAGAGAAAAGUUAUCCCAUCCUUAACAUUGCAGUGAUUCUGGGAAGGACCAAGUAUAUCACAGAGAGAGAUAUCAGAGCUCUCUGGACCAGGGAAAUGUCAGCAGACCUGACUGUUGAUGUCAAUGUAGUGACCCUUCUGGUGAACCAGACUGACCCUAAAAGCAUCAUAACACAUGUUUGUGACUUGAUGUCAGGCACCAAGAUCCAUGGAGUGGUUUUUGGAGAUGAUACUGAUCAGGAGGCAGUAGCUCAGAUUUUGGAUUUUAUUUCAUCUCAGACUUUUAUUCCAAUUCUUGGAAUUCACGGCGGGGCUUCCAUGAUAAUGGCAGAUAAGGAUGUGAUGUCCACGUUCUUCCAGUUUGGGGCUUCCAUCCAGCAGGAAGCCAUUGUCAUGCUGAAGAUCAUGCAGGAUUAUGACUGGCACGUGUUUUCUUUGGUGACCACCACCUUCCCUGGGUAUCGAGACUUCAUCAAUUUCAUUAAGACCACAGUGGAAAAUAGUUUUGUGGGCUGGGACAUGCAGAACAUCAUUGUACUCGAUACUGCCUUUGGAGAUGCCAAGACCCAAAUUCAGCUGAAGAAAAUUCAUUCAUCUGUCAUCCUGCUAUACUGUUCCAAGGAUGAGGCUGUCUACAUACUGGACGAGGCUCGUUCGCUGGGCCUUACUGGCUAUGAUUUCUUUUGGAUAGUUCCCAGCCUGGUUAGUGGUAAUACCGAAAUUAUCCCCAAGGAAUUUCCUUCAGGACUCAUUUCAGCAUCUUAUGAUGAAUGGGACUACAGUUUAGAAGCUCGGGUGCGGGAUGGCCUUGGGAUUAUUGCCACAGCUGCAUCAGCCAUGUUGGAAAAAUACUCCUUCAUUCCUGAAGCAAAGACUAGCUGCUAUGGACAACUGGAGAAAAAUGACCGGCCAUCUCACACAUUGCACAAGUUUAUGAUGAAUGUGACUUGGGAAGGUAAAGAUUUGUCCUUCACAGCAGAUGGCUAUCAGGCACAUCCCCGGCUGGUGGUAAUAGUACUGAACAAUGAUCGUGAGUGGGAAAAGGUGGGAAAAUGGGAGAACAACUCACUGAGUCUGAAGUACUCUGUCUGGCCAAGGUAUAGCUCUUUUGCAGACAGUGACCCAGACGAUAACCACUUGAGUAUUGUCACCCUGGAGGAGGCUCCCUUUGUCAUUGUUGAGGAUGUGGAUCCUUUGAUGGAAACUUGCCAAAAAAACACUGUACCAUGUCGUAAAUUUGUCAAAAUUAACAACUCAACUAAUGAAGGAACUAAUGUAAAGAAGUGCUGCAAAGGAUUCUGCAUUGAUAUCUUGAAGAAGUUGUCUAAAACUGUCAAGUUCACGUAUGACCUGUAUUUAGUGACUAACGGGAAACAUGGCAAAAAGGUCAAUAAUGUGUGGAAUGGAAUGAUUGGUGAAGUGGUGUAUCAUCGUGCAGUCAUGGCUGUGGGGUCUCUCACUAUUAAUGAAGAGCGCUCCGAAGUGGUUGACUUUUCAGUGCCGUUUGUUGAGACGGGGAUUAGUGUCAUGGUGUCACGGAGCAAUGGCACAGUUUCACCUUCUGCUUUUCUAGAGCCCUUUAGUGCUUCUGUCUGGGUGAUGAUGUUUGUGAUGCUUCUCAUUGUGUCUGCCAUGGCUGUCUUUAUAUUUGAGUACUUUAGUCCUGUAGGAUAUAACAGGAACUUAGCACAAGGGAGAGAUCCACAUGGACCAUCCUUUACCAUCGGAAAGGCAGUGUGGUUACUCUGGGGCUUGGUGUUCAACAAUUCUGUGCCUGUGCAAAACCCCAAAGGGACAACUAGUAAAAUCAUGGUGUCAGUUUGGGCCUUCUUUGCUGUCAUUUUCCUGGCUAGUUAUACUGCCAACCUGGCUGCAUUUAUGAUUCAAGAGGAAUUUGUUGACCAAGUGACUGGACUGAGUGAUAAAAAGUUUCAAAGGCCGCAUGAUUAUUCACCUCCUUUUCGAUUUGGAACUGUUCCAAAUGGAAGCACAGAGAGGAAUAUCAGAAACAACUACCCAGAUAUGCACCUUUACAUGACCAAGUAUAAUCAGAAAGGAGUUGAAGAUGCCUUGGUCAGCCUGAAAACUGGGAAGUUGGAUGCUUUCAUCUAUGAUGCAGCGGUGCUGAAUUACAAAGCUGGAAGAGAUGAAGGCUGCAAACUUGUCACAAUAGGAAGUGGAUACAUCUUUGCCACUACAGGCUAUGGAAUAGCACUUCAGAAAGGAUCACCUUGGAAAAGACAGAUUGAUCUAGCCCUCCUUCAGUUUGUUGGAGAUGGGGAAAUGGAAGAGUUAGAAACGCUGUGGCUAACCGGUAUUUGCCACAAUGAGAAGAAUGAAGUCAUGAGCAGCCAACUGGACAUUGACAACAUGGCAGGAGUGUUUUACAUGCUUGCGGCAGCCAUGGCCCUUAGUUUAAUAACCUUCGUCUGGGAGCACUUAUUUUACUGGAAACUUAGAUUCUGCUUUACUGGAGUCUGCUCAGAUAGGCCGGGAUUAUUGUUCUCGAUCAGCAGGGGUAUUUAUAGCUGCAUUCAUGGAGUACACAUCGAAGAAAAAAAGAAGUCUCCUGACUUUACUUUGACCAAUUCCCAAACCAACAUGUUAAAACUACUGCGAACAGCAAAAAAUAUGACUAAUAUUAAUCCUUCAAGAAUCAACUCCCCCAAAAGAACAGCUGAUUUUAUUCAGAGGGGUUCCUUGAUUAUGGACAUGGUCAUGGAUAAGGGAAACUUGAUAUUUGCUGAUAACAGAUCCUUUCAAGCAAAGGACAACUUUUUUGGUGACAACAUGAGUGAACUGCAAACGCUUCCUGGCAAUCGACACAAGGACAAUCUUAACAACUAUGUUUUCCAAGGUCAGCAUCCUCUCACACUGAAUGAGUCAAAUCCAAACACAGUAGAAGUUGCAGUAACAGCAGAAGCAAAAGGGAACUCCAGACCCAGGCAGCUUUGGAGGAAAUCUGUUGAAUCUUUACGUCAAGAAUCUGUACGUCAGAGCCAAGGUUCCCAAAGAGAAAAUGGGUCAGAGGAAAACAGGCAGCUUUCGUUGAAAAGUCAAAGAUACCUUCCUGAAGAGAUUGUCCAUUCAGAUGUGUCAGAGACAUCAAGCCGAGCCACUUGCCAUAUGGAACCUGAAAACAACAACAAGCACCACAAAACUAAGGACAACUUUAAAAAAAGGACAGUGGCAUCAAAAUACCCAAAAGACUGUAGUGAAGUGGAACUGACAUAUCUGAAAACCAAGCAAAGCUCUCCACGGGAUAAAAUCUACACAAUUGAUGCUGACAAGGAGCCAGGAUUCCGCUUGGAUGCCCCGCCGUACAUUGAAAACAUCGUCCUUCCCGAAACUAUUGAAUUUCCUGAUGUUUACCAAGAUCACAAUGACAACUACAGGAAAGCAGAACAUAUUAACAGGACUCCCAUGCAUAACGAAGACAGUCUUCCAAAUAAUGACCAGUAUAAACUUUAUUCAAAGCACUACACCUUAAAAGAUAAAAAUGCUUCCCUAGUUGAUAUGAAUGAUAGAUACAGGCAGAAUUCCACCCAUUGUAGGAGCUGCCUUUCCAAUUUGCCCACUUAUGCGGGACACUAUACAAGCAGAUCUCCCUAUAAAUGUGAUGCAUGCUUGCGGACGGGGAACCUCUAUGAUAUUGAUGAAGAUCAGAUGCUGCAGGAAACAACAAACUUAUCACUUCCUGAAGAAAUAUAUGAACACAGUUGGGCACAGAAUAAUGCUCUGCAAUAUCAUAAAAAAAAUAAGCUGAGGAUUAGCAGGCAACAUUCUUUCGAUAAUAUCCCUGAUAAGUCCAGGGAAAUUGAUAUCGGAAGACCUGCUCGUAGUAUAAGCUUGAAAGAAAAAGAGAAGUUUCUAGAAAGUAGCCCUUAUGCAAACAUGUUUAGUGUUCCCUCAAGCAAACUGUUGAGCAACAAGGCCUCACUUUUAACUCAUGCUCUAGAGGACAGUAAGCGGAGCAAGUCCCUGUAUCCUGAUCACUCCACAGAUAAUCCCUUCCUGCACUCGUAUCGUGAUGACCAGCACUUAUCUCUUAGGCGAAGUCCAGUUGAUCUUUAUAAACACUCAUUACCAUCAAGAGGAAGAAACGAUAAUUAUUUAAGGUCCUCUAUAAAAUCUACAGCAUCAUACUGUUCCAGAGAUGGUCGAAUCCAUGACAUGUACAUUUCAGAGCAUGGUUUGCCUUAUGUUGCAAAUAAGAAUAGCGUGUACUCAACUCCCAGGGUUUUAAAUUCCUGUAGCAAUAGACGUGUGUAUAAGAAAAUGCCUAGCAUUGAAUCAGAUGUUUAAAUUUUCCAUGAAUACUUUAUCUAUAGGGAAAAAUAGUUGCCACCAUCUUAGAGGGAGAAUUUACCCUUUAACAGUAUCCUGCUAUGGUAAAUGAUAUGUAAACCUCUCCCUUUCCCAGUGUACUUUUGUACAUGAAUAGGUAAACUAGUAUGCUCAUAACCAUCCUUUUAAAAUAUGUCAUGUUAAAAAGGAGAAAAAAUAGCCAUUUAUGUAUGCUUUAUAUAUAAAUGGCAAGCUAUACUGAAAUAGCCCAAUAUAUGUUGGCAACUAUGUUGUUUUGUAUCUAAUUAUUUUACUAUUUUGGUUAUUCUAAUUUAUGUUGCUAAGUAUCAUUCAAUGUAUUUUUGUCCUUAGAAAUGUUUAGUAUUUUUCUAAUACCGAAUAAGCAAUAUGGCAUGCACGUAGUAUGACACAGACAAAAAAGAAUUAGGAAUGCAUUUGCACAGUUACAAAAGUCAGACUCUAAAAGAGAACAGAGAUCUAGAUUUUCAAAAAUAUAUUUUAGCUUCAUAACCAUUUUCAAACAGUCAGAACAACUACAAAACCCCCAAACCCUAAUAAAUAAAAACCAAUGUGUUAGCACAAAAGUAGAAUGUUUAUUAUAGACUGACAGAAAAUAAAUGGGAAGACUAAAGGCCCCAAAAUGUGAACUUUUGUGUGCCAAAAGGAAGCCCCCUGGGUAUUGGUUAAUGUUGAUGUACAAAUGCUUUCAUUGUCUUUCACAUGCACUUACCAUUACAAACUAAGGUAAUUACAAAGUCUGUAGUCGUCUUGUCAAAAAUUUCACAGCUACCUAACCAGGAGUAUACAUUUUUAGCUAUCAGUAUAUAGCCCUUAAAGCUAUGGAGCUGUGGAUUCAUUAGUAACCUUGAGGCCUAACAUAUAUGUAAGUUUGCAUUUGCCCCUUACAGAUGAUUACUCAGGGCUGUAUAGUAUUUCUUUUAUUCCUUUGCUUCCAAAACCAAAUCCCAACCUCCUAUAGUCCUUUGUUGAUAAGUGCAUAAGUGGUGACAACUAGUUAAUUGUAUGUUUAAUAAUAUUAAAGUUGUUAACAUGGGGUCAAACAGCCACAGCCAUAUGUUCAAUGUAAUCAGUAAGGAAUGCAACACCAUUUCUCUGCAUACACAGUGAAGGAUUAACACCUUUUGAGGGACUUCUUCCUUCUCAAAUAUCAUGAUAUGCAUCAGGAAAGUUUUAAAAACUCUCUAAUUAAAUCUGCCAUAUAAAUUGAAUAUAUGCACACACAGUGAGGUAUAGAAAACUAAGGAACAGCAUCUUUGUCAUCAUUCAUACAGCGCUAGUGCACAAAGAUGUUACAUAACAGGGAUGCAUUCUUAUCCAGGCUUUAUUUCUGAUAAAGACCACUCAGAUUAUUUCACGAAUAAAAUCUAUGCUACAACCUACCCUCCCCGCCCCAAAUGCCAAAGUCCACUAGCUUUUAACCGUAAGGUAGGGUGGAAGGGAAAAGAGAAAGUCUUUCAUAAAUAGACUGUACAAUUGUAAUUUAAUUUAAACUAAAGUACUAAUAUAUUUUAAUACUAAAAGCAUUCAACAGGUCAUGCUCUCCCAUUCUCCUGCUAUUCUGAGAAUUGCUCUAGUAUUUUUUGUGAAGGGGAAGUUUAGAUUAUUCAAGCCUUAUUUCCUUAAAUUUCACUGAAGAGUUGAGGAUUUUAAUAGGAAAACCACUACCACUAUGGUUUGAAAAAUGUGAAUAUUACCCUAACUUUUCUCAAACUAAAACUCUCUUCCAUAAGAUCAUAUUUAUGUCUGCUGUAAUCAUAGCAUCUGCAUGACAGAGGUACAAUAUGCACAUUUUUAAUAGUUUGGAAUAACAUACUUCCGAGGAGAGUUGUAGAUGGAAGAUAAUAUAGAUAAUAGACAGGGAUAGACAAAAUAUAGCUUCUUGAAUUUUUAUUUAUAAUUCUUUUAUUAACAGAUUUGAGCUGACUUUAACUACUGAACUGUCCAUAAUGAGUUCUUGCUAUUUGCAGAUGUAUUUGUGCAUUCACCAUGAUGGUGAAGGAUGAUGUUUUCUAAGGAAUGAAAUGGAAAGGAAUUUGGACCUUCCAAUCCCUUAAUCAGCUUUUCAGCUCAUUAUACUUUAUUAUAAUCAUGCAUGUUCAGAAAGCUUAUCUGUGGGCAUCUGCAAGCUGUCCAGAGCAAGUAUCUUUUGAUUAUUCUUUAUUCAGUAUUUGGCAUCUCUUUUUGGCCCUGAUUCACGUGGUAUGAUUUCCACACCCUCGCUGGAGCUCAUUACGGACAGCAGAUAUUGCCGGCCCUUGCAGAGAUCCCCGUCUCUCAGGAAGAGUUGCAUGAGCUAAGCAGGACUAGGACGUUUAUGCUCAUCUGCUUUUAGCCACUGCCAGCUUUUCUGAUCUGUUAGACUGCCUCAGUUACCUGCUGACUUUCUGUUUGCUCUUAAAGAAGGCAACAAGUUUAAUUCACUUUUCAUAGAUGCUGUUAGUGAUGGACGUUCUGGUAGGCCAUAUAGCAGGAAAACCACACUUGAAGCACUUGCAGCAUGUCAGACACGUGUACCGAUUACUAAGCUUUAAUUUCUUGGCACAGUUCAGACGUUUGUCUGCCUGCUCCAGGGUUGGGAAGUUGAGGGUAUCUGGUGAAAGGACCAUUCUGCUUUUUGAGUGUCCUGUGGUGUCCCUGCACUGUCUAGACUGCUGCUCCUUGUGACCAUUCAGGAGGGUCUUUAAAACUCUGCCUAAAUUCACUUGUCUCCUGAAGCCUUCCAGGACUUUCACUCCCAGCACCCAGACUCAGGGCAAUAGAUGGCUGGAUGAAGGCUACUUUUCAUGAGCAAAACCCUUUCCCAAAGACAGAUGUAUGUUACUUGUCUUAGGUUUACAGGAAAGCAAAUGUACUAAAGGCAUAAAUACUGUUGUAAUGAGUUCCAUAAAUAUAUCCGAGGCAAAUUUCAUUUCCAAUCCAAAGCACAAUAUAUAAAGUAAAACCUGAGUAUUUUGAACAAGCUGGUGUGUUUCAGCAGAUAUGGUAUCUACUGAUACCAUACCAAGAACUGACAUGCAAGUUGCUGACAAUUUUAGUACCAAGUGAAUCAUAAAACUCAGCUGUGGCUCUUCUCUUUCACAUGAUUUUAAAGCUCUCAGAAUAUUGUCUGGUCACUCCCAAGUCUUUUGUAUCAUCAGCGCUAUCAGCAACUAGGCACACAUAUAUCAUAAGUACUGCAUACAAAAUGUGGGAAACAAAAAUUCCCAUUUACAACAUUUUCUAAGUAAACUGCUGAGAUCUAAAUAUUCUAAAACCAGGUGGAUUUAUCCGUCUGUGAACUAGACAAACAAAUUAGCUUCUAAAGAAAUAUAUUGCAGCGUUUGCUGUUUCUGAUCUGAGCAGAUUUCUGGUGACUAUAGAGAUUUAUCAUUAGAUGCAAAUGUGCAACACAAAAAAAAAAAAAAAA